AGCUGGGGGCCGGGCAUGGAGGAGGAUCUGGAGGAACAGCCCCAGGGCUGGCUCAGCGGCUGGCUCCCUGCCUGGCGCCCCACCUCCAUGUCCCACCUGAAGAACGUGGAGGCCCGAAUCCUGCAGUGCCUGCAGAGCCGGUUCGUGGGGCGGUACGUGACCCUGCCGGGCCGGGCGCGCGUCUGGACCGUCUCGCUGUGCCCGGAGCAGGGCGAGGGGCGCACCCCCCUGGUGCUGGUGCACGGCUUCGGGGGCGGCGUGGGGCUGUGGGUGCUCAACCUGGACCGGCUCGGGGCCCGGCGACCCCUUCACGCCUUCGACCUGCUGGGCUUCGGGCGCAGCUCCCGGCCCCCCUUCCCCCAUGACGCCCAGGGCGCCGAGGCCGAGUUUGUGCGCUCCAUCGAGGACUGGCGCCGGCAGAUGGGCAUCGGCGCCAUGAUCCUGCUGGGCCACAGCCUGGGGGGCUUCCUGGCGGCCUCCUACAGCCUGGCGUACCCCCAGAGGGUGAAGCACCUCAUCCUGGUGGACCCCUGGGGCUUCCCCGUGCGCCCCACCGACCCCAGCCAGAUCCGACCCCCCCCAACCUGGGUGAAGGCCAUGGCGGCUGUCCUGGGGCGCUCCAACCCCCUGGCUGUGCUGAGAGUCGCCGGGCCCUGGGGCCCUGGCCUCGUCCAGCGCUUCCGUCCUGACUUCAAGCAGAAAUUUGCGGAGUUCUUUGAGGAUGACACCAUCUCGGAGUACAUCUACCACUGCAACGCCCAGGCGCCCAGUGGCGAGACGGCGUUCAAGGCGAUGACGCAGGCGCUGGGCUGGGCGCGCCGCCCCAUGCUGGAGCGGAUCCACCUGCUUCCGCGGGAACUGCCCAUCACCCUGAUCUACGGCGCCGAGUCCUGGAUCGACACCAGCACCGGGCGCCGGGUGCGGGAGCUGCGGCCUGGCAGCUAUGUCCGGCACCUGGCCAUCGCUGGCGCCUCGCACCACGUCUACGCCGACCAGCCCGCCGCCUUCAACGCGGCCGUGCAGGAGAUCUGCGACUCCGUGGACUGA